GCAGGAAAAGCUUGGCGCAGAGGAUCCGACCGCGUACCAGAAUAGGUUAACACCUGAGUUGGGCCCACCAAAGCGCCAACCAUUACCAGGUCAAUUAACAUGGGAAACAUGUUCAACGUGGUUGCGUUCUGUUUCUGUUUGUGGACUCUGUUGUUUUCUCUGGUGUUCUGUGCACCCAGCGAUGGGUUGCCCAGGAUUGGACUGAAAAAGAUCAAAUUGGACAUCAAUGAUGAGGGUAUGGAGUUUAAGGAUUCAGGGUCUUCAAUUAGAAAGUAUCAUCUCCAGAACAUCCUCGGAGGUGCUGAGGAUACCGAUGUUGUUGCGCUGAAGAAUUACUUGGAUGCUCAAUACUAUGGUGAAAUAGCCAUUGGUACCCCUCCUCAGACGUUCACUGUGAUUUUUGACACCGGAAGCUCUAACACGUGGGUGCCAUCAUCCAGAUGUAUCUUCUCGCUUGCAUGUUUAACGCAUGUAAGGUACAGGUCUAGCCAAUCCAGCACCUACAGGGAAAAUGGUACUUCUGCUGCAAUUCAAUAUGGUAGUGGAGCAAUUUCUGGUUUUUUUAGCUAUGAUGAUGUCAAAGUUGGUGACAUAGUUGUGAAGAACCAGGAAUUUAUAGAAGCAACUAGAGAACCUGGAACUACAUUUGUGACGGCUAAGUUCGAUGGUUUACUAGGACUUGGAUUUCAAGAAAUAUCAGUUGGAAAUGCUGUUCCAGUGUGGUACAAUAUGAUUGAACAAGGUCUUGUACGAGAUCCAGUAUUUUCAUUUUGGCUCAAUCGUAAUCCAGAAGAAGAGAAUGGGGGUGAGAUUGUUUUCGGUGGUGUUGAUCCUGCUCACUACAAGGGCGAACAUACUUAUGUACCUGUGACACGAAAAGGAUAUUGGCAGUUUGACAUGGGAGAUGUGCUUAUUGCUGGUAAACCCACAGGAUACUGUGCUAAUGACUGCUCAGCAAUUGCAGACUCUGGAACUUCUUUGUUGGCAGGUCCAACGACCGUAAUUACUAUGAUAAAUCAAGCAAUUGGAGCAUCUGGGGUUGUAAGCAAAGAAUGCAAAUCUGUUGUGGAACAAUAUGGACAGACAAUCUUGGAAUUGCUCUUGGCUGAAGCAAAGCCAAAAAAGAUUUGCUCACAAAUUGGAUUGUGCACCUUUGAUGGGACUCGUGGUGUUAACAUGGGUAUUGAGAGUGUGGUAGAUAAGAAUGAAAGAAAAUCAUUCGAUGGCGUUCGGGGUGCUACUUGUUCAGCAUGUGAGAUGGCUGUUAUCUGGAUGCAGAACCAGCUGAGGCAGAAUCAAACGGAAAAUCGGAUAAUAGACUAUGCCAAUGAGCUUUGUGAUAAAUUGCCUAACCCUUUGGGUCAAUCACUCGUUGACUGUGGAAAGAUCCCUUCAAUGCCUAUUAUUUCCUUCACUAUUGGUGGAAAAGUUUUUGACCUUGCCCCAAAGGAGUAUAUACUGAAGGUGGGCGAUGGCGCUCAAGCCCAAUGCAUCAGUGGCUUUAUUCCAUUGGAUGUUCCUCCUCCUCGUGGCCCUCUAUGGAUCCUUGGAGAUGUCUUCAUGGGGCGCUAUCACACCAUCUUUGAUUAUGGUAAACUAAGAGUCGGAUUUGCUGAAGCAGCGUAAACAAUGUUUAUUUGUCUCGCAGAACGACAACGAUAUUUACUAGUUGUUUAUCUUUUCUUUUCUUUUCUUCCUUCAUAAAUCAGUAUUACCAAAAAGUACAUCAUGGGAAGGACAACUUCAAUACUAAAUAUUGGCAACCAUUAUCUACUUAUAGUCUGUAUAUCUUUACAAUCAAAAUUGGUCUAAAGCUGUGGUUGUA